UCUUUUGGUAAAUAUAUGCUGCUACUUAUUGUUUUGGGGGUGGAAGUCCAGGGUCAACUGGUUCCUGAUCAGAAGACAUUUCCAUCAGGAAUCAAAGCUCUAGCAGAUUAUGUACAUGGAAAGGGACUCAAGCUUGGCAUAUAUUCUGAUGCUGGGGCUUUUACAUGUCAAGUCCGGCCAGGAUCAAUUUUCCAUGAAACUGAUGAUGCAGAUUUAUUUGCCUCUUGGGGUGUAGAUUAUUUGAAGUAUGACAACUGUAACAAUCUGGGCAUCCCUCCGAAAAAACGAUACCCACCUAUGCGUGAUGCUCUCAAUGCAACUGGGCGUAAAAUAUUCUAUUCACUCUGUGAAUGGGGUGUUGAUGACCCUGCCUUGUGGGCAGGCAAGGUGGGUAACAGUUGGCGCACAACUGAUGACAUCAAUGAUACAUGGGCAAGGUUAAAAUUCUUGACAUUGACUUAUGGGUGGUGUGCAUUUAACAUUAUAUUCGGGUUGCUUAUAACUCAAUAAUGUCAAUAAAUUCAGAUAUAGCAUUCAGAGGGAUAAAACAGAAUUUGUGGGGUCAAAUCGUCGUUGGUUGUUACUGGCUUGGAAUUUUGCUUUUGUCAAUUGUUUUCUAUUAACCAGUGAUCUAGUAGCAUGAACACAAAUUAUGUUAAAAAAUGGUAUGUGAAGUUGAAUUAAUGAAAAUUAUUUGGAAUUUAGAAU